AUGGCUCUGAAAGUGCUCAACCAGAAUGUCCACAAGCUGCCACGCUGCCACAGCGUCAGGUUCUCCAACGACGAGCUGCCUAGCUACAAGUCGCUGCUUAUGCAGCAGGAGUCCACGGAGUCGAGCGGCAGCUGCGGCCGCCAGUGGAACCCUGGAAAUGACUCGGGAGCCCCCAGUCCAGACGCUUGUCACUUUCAGCCGGCAGCGCAGAGGUUUCGCCUUAACGAGCAGAGGAUAAAACUGUUGACGUCGAUAAACCAGAUAGUCCAACAGCGUGCUGACCUGGAGAACAACCGGGCGACACUCUCCGGCCUGCUGGACGAGCUAAAGAGGAAGCUCAAGAAGAGAAUAGAGGAAUGUCACCUCGAGAAGAAGGACAAGAUGAAGGCCCUCAAGCAGGCCAACCAGCGGCUGGAGAAAGAGAGGUGCGGGAUUAUGGGAGAGCUGGAACACCUCAAGAGGCACCUGGAGAGGGAGGAGGCGCACCACGUGCAGCACGCGCGCAACGCCGUCGCCCAGGCUAUACAGGGUGUUACCAAAAUGCCACCAGAACAGCUCUUCACGCCGUGCUCCGUUUCGGAGCUGCCGAGCAUCGUCAGUCGGAAUGUCGCCAAGAACGCCCCGUCGAGAGCGUCUGACAACAAGUUGGCUGCGGCUAGGCUGAUGAGGGACAUAGCGGCUCUGAGGCAGCGCGUGGCACAAGUCGAGGCACGUCUGGCCAACGAGCUGAAGCGUAAGAGGCAGGCUGAGAACGACAUUGUGCGACUGAGGAGGGAGCUCUCCACCACCAAGAGCUCGGUGGCCGCGCUGAGGAUAGCGCCGCCGCCGCUAAGGAAGACGUGCGCCAAGUUUGUC